CAGCUCGGCUCGGCGUUAUGGCGGCUGCCGGGGCGCGCUGGAACCACGUGUGGGUCGGCACCGACACUGGCAUCCUGAAAGGGGUGAACCUUCAGCGCAAACAGGCGACGAACUUCACGGCGGCGGGCCAGCCCCGGCGCGAGGAGGCAGUGAGCGCCCUGUGUUGGGGCGCUGGCGGCGAGACUCAGAUCCUGGUGGGCUGCGCUGACAGAACAGUGAGGCGCUUCAGUACCGAGGACGGCGGAUUCCAGGGUCAGAGGCACUGCCCGGGAGGGGAGGGCACAUUUCGAGGCCUCGCCCAGGCGGACGGCACCCUCAUCACAUGUGUGGAUUCUGGGAUUCUCCGAAUCUGGCCUGAUAAUGACAAGCAAGCAUCCCCUGACCCGCUCCUGGAACUGAGUGUGGGUCCUGGGGUAUGCAGGAUGCGCCAAGACCCAGUGCGCCCCAAUGUGGUUGCCACAGGUGGAAAGGAGAACGCUUUGAAAGUGUGGGACCUGCAAGGAUCUGAGGAGCCUGUGUUCAGGGCCAAGAAUGUUCGGAAUGACUGGCUCGACCUGCGCGUUCCCAUCUGGGACCAGGAUAUACAGUUCCUCCCUGAAUCACAGAAGCUUGUCACCUGCACAGGAUACCACCAGGUCCGUGUCUAUGAUCCAGCCUCCCCACAGCGCCGGCCAGUUCUAGAGACCUCCUACGGAGAGUAUCCACUGACAGCCAUGACUCUCACUCCUGGGGGCAAUUCUGUGAUCGUGGGGAACACUCAUGGGCAGCUGGCAGAAAUUGACCUUCGGCAAGGGCGCCUCCUGGGCUGUCUGAAGGGAUUGGCAGGCAGUGUCCGAGGGUUGCAAUGCCACCCUUCAAAGCCCCUGCUGGCCUCCUGUGGCUUGGACAGAGUCUUGAGGGUACACAGGAUCCAGACUCCGCGGGGCUUAGAGCACAAGGUUUAUCUCAAGUCUCAAUUGAACUGCCUUCUCCUGUCAGGCAGGGAGAACUGGGAGGAUGAGCCCCAAGAGCCUCAAGAGCCCAGCAAGUUGCCCCCAGAAGACACAGAAACAGAUGAGCUUUGGGCCACCUUGGAGGCAGCUGCUAAAAGGAAGCGCCCUGGUUUGGAGCCCACCCAAGAGGCUCUCCAGACUAGACGGAGAAAGAAGAAGCGCCCUGGGUCCACCAGCCCCUGAAGGGCCUGUGUUCAGUUUGUAAAUAAACAGCUCACCACCCACUUGA